AUGCAGCCCGCCGACAGCGCGCAGCCGGACCCCGAUGACGCCCGCUUCGAGGACCGCGAGGAUGCGCCCUUCCUGGCGGAGCAGGCCUCUGCUCGGCCCUCGCAAGCCAAAUCUAAGGCUGCGGCCGCGUCGCGCGAGAAACUGCGGAUCCGACUGAUGGUCACCCUGUUCACCAUCAUCCUCCUCGUCGAGACCGGCAACGCCAUGACGUCCGGGCCCACCACGCGCAUCUACGAGGCCAUCGCCUGCAAGAGCUACUACGAGGCCACUGACCCGUCCAAGAUCGGGAGCGAUGGGCAGGUCCCCGAGAGCCUGUGCAAGGGUAAAGAGGUCCAGGGUGAGGUGGCCAUCGUCAAGGGAUACGGAGAGCUGUUUGACGGAGUCGCCAGUAUUCUCCUCGCGGUGCCGUACGGCCUUCUGGCUGAUCGCAUUGGCCGGAAGCCGACGAUCCUGCUGAGCAUCCCCGGUUUCGUCCUGAAUAUCCUCAUCACCGGCGUCACGCUGUAUUUUUCCAAUAUCUUCCCCCUGCGGGCGGUCUGGCUGUCCGCCCUGUCGUGGCUGAUUGGCGGUGGGUUGGUGGUUGCAGCAGCCAUUAUCUGGACGAUGAUGGCCGACGUGACGACCGAGGAACAGAGAUCGGCCAUGUUCUUCCAGUUCGGCGUCGCGGUCAUGGGGUCCGAGUUUUUGUCCAACUCGAUCAGCUCGUGGUUGAUGGUCUUCAAUCCCUGGAUUCCCAUGUUGAUCGGCUGGGCCAUCGUCCUGGUUGGCAUGCUGCUGGGAUUGACGCUCCCCGAGACGAUGCAUGCGUUCCCGUCCAAGCCGGGCGAGCAGGCGCAUGAACUCUCGGAUCUGUCGACGGACGAUGAGCGCGACGAACAGUUCGACCGGCCGUUCGAGAAGCAGACGCGCCCCAAGGAUCUGCGAACCCGGAUCAAGUCGGCGCUACUGACCUACUCGUUCAUCCCCAAGAACAAGCAGGUGAUGCUGCUGCUGUCGGCCUUUCUGGUCUACCGACUCAGCCGGGGCACGGCGUGGUUCCUGACGCACGGCCAACAUGCUGACGUCGCUCAAGUCGAUCCUGAUGGUCGUGCUGUUCAUCGCAGUGCUGCCGGCCGCGUCGUGGUACCUGAUGAAAAAGCGCGGCAUCGAGAGCCGGAAGAAGGACCUCAUCCUGACCAAAGUCAGCGUUGUGAGUCUGAUGAUCGGCACGCUGGGGAUCGGGCUGUCGCCCCACGUGGCGCUCAUGAUCUUCUUCCUGGUCGUGCAGACCCUGGGCGCGGGCUUCGUGUACACGACACGCUCGCUGGUCACGACGAUGAUCCAGCGCGACCAGACGGCGCGGCUGUACACGGUGAUCGAGAUCAUCCAGGCGCUGGGGAUGAUCCUGGCCAGUCCGACGAUGACGACUUUUUUCAAGUGGGGGCUCGAUCUGGGCGGGUUCUGGACGGGGCUGGCCUGGAUGCUGGCCACGGGGCUGUUUGGCGUGGUGGCGGUGGUCUUGUGGAGGGUGGAGGUGCCCGUGAGGGCGAUGAACGAGUAGAUGAUAUACACCGUGCAUACAGUAUAGAGACGAACAUAAUUUGA